CGCCGAGUACCCCCUCUGCGCUCUCUCACUCUCAAACAAAGCCCCCUCAGAUACCCUCAGCAACGUUGCAUUCAUUUGCCGCGGUGCUUCCUCUACCCUACAGUCCAAUUGCACCGAAACCCAUCGCGAUCCCGCCCACCGUUUUACUGUAACCAUUACACGACCACCAUGGCGCUCAAUGCCGCUUCCCACAACAUUCCAGGCGAAAAGACUGGCCCUGUGACUGCUGCCCCGCCCAGCGUCGGCGACGACAGCAAAAAGGACAUCCUAGAGAACGCUAGUGCCGAGACUACAGGACAAUCUGCGCCGGGCCGAGACGGCGACGGUAAGGAUGUACCAAAGAAAGUGAAAACAGAGAAGGAGCUUGAGAAAGAGCGGAAAAAAGCGGAAAAGGACGCGAAGUUCAAGGCGAAGAAGGCGGCGCAGGCUGCUGCUGGUCCGGCCGGAAAAGAGGGUGCAAAGGCCGGAGGCAAGGAGAAGAAGAAGGAGGAGAAGGAGGUGCUGCCAGAGUAUGUUAACGAGACAGAGCCGGGGCAAAAGAAGGUUCUCAAGAGCUUGGAUGACCCGUUCAACAAGGCGUAUAUCCCAAAGGUCGUCGAGAGCGCUUGGGCUGCGUGGUGGGAGAAGGAGGGCUUCUUCUUGCCAGAACUCAAGGAUGGCAAGGUGAAGGAGGCAGGGAGUUUCAUUCUCCCAAUUCCGCCUCCUAAUAUCACCGGAAAGCUUCAUUGUGGUCACGCCUUGGCAACGGCUUUGCAAGACGUCCUCGUUCGAUGGCACAGGAUGAGAGGCUUCACAACACUCUAUCUCCCAGGAUGCGAUCACGCUGGUAUCUCGACACAGAGCGUUGUGGAAAACAUGUUAUGGCGGCGAGAGAAGAAGACUAGACAUGACCUCGGCCGACCGAAGUUCCUCGAGAUCACGAUGGCGUGGAAGAAAGAAUAUCAUGACAAUAUCAACAGGGUGUUGAAGCGAAUGGGUGGAAGUUUUGACUGGACUAGAGAAGCCUUCACCAUGGACAAGAACCUUUCCGCUGCCGUCACCGAGACUUUUGUGCGCAUGCAUGAGGAGGGUCUCAUCUAUAGAUCAAAUCGUCUUGUCAACUGGUGUACGCGGCUGAACACUGCUUUGUCGAAUCUCGAGGUCGACAACAAAGAGUUGAGUGGCCGAACGCUGCUGGAUGUGCCAGGAUAUGAGCGAAAGGUCGAGUUCGGUGUCAUCACACAUUUCAACUAUCCCAUUGAUGGAACGGACGAGUUCAUCGAGGUUGCAACAACGCGUCCGGAGACGAUGCUUGGUGAUACAGCCAUCGCCGUCCACCCCAAUGACGAGAGAUACAAACAUCUCCUCGGAAAGAAGGGCAAACACCCUUUUAUAGACCGCCUGCUACCCAUCGUUGGGGACGACUAUGUGGAUCCGGAGUUCGGUACUGGUGCCGUGAAGAUCACACCUGCCCAUGACCCCAACGAUUAUGCUAUCGCCACUCGACACAACCUCGAAUUCAUCAACAUCCUAAACGACGAUGGUACUAUGAAUAAGAACACUGGCAAGUUCGAAGGUCAGAAGCGCUUUGACACUCGAUACGCCGUCACGGAGGAGCUCACAAAGCUGGGUCUGUUCGUUAAGAAGGUGGACAAUCCAAUGAAAGUGCCUCUUUGCAAUAAGAGCAAGGACGUAAUUGAACCGCUCAUGAAGCCUCAGUGGUGGAUGAAGAUGAAGGGUUUGGCUGAGCCUGCGAUCGAGGUUGUGCGUAGUGGAAAGGUCACCAUCUCUCCCGCGCCUAUGGAGAAGAUCUACUACCACUGGAUGGAGCACAUCAAUGAUUGGUGUUUGUCACGUCAGCUCUGGUGGGGCCACCAGAUUCCCGCGUAUUUCGUGAACAUUGAGGGAGAAUCCGGUGACCGAUCCGACAAUGAGCUGUGGGUGACUGGACGAACCGAAGAGGAAGCACAAAAUAAGGCAGAGGCCAAGUUCCAAGGCAAGAAGUUCACCCUUGAGCGAGACGAAGAUGUCCUUGAUACCUGGUUUAGCUCCGGUCUGUGGCCUUUCAGUUCCCUUGGUUGGCCGAAAAAGACACUCGACAUGGAGACCCUUUUCCCUACAUCUUUCCUCGAGACUGGUUGGGAUAUCUUGUUCUUCUGGGUGGCCAGGAUGAUCAUGUUUUCGCUUCAUCUGACUGGAAAGAUCCCCUUCUCGGAGGUCUACUGCCACUCCCUCAUUCGUGACAGCGAAGGCCGAAAGAUGAGCAAGUCCCUCGGAAAUGUCAUUGAUCCUGUCGAUAUCAUGGAGGGCAUUACGUUGCAGCAACUCAAUGAAAAGCUACUUGUUGGGAACCUGGAUCCCAAAGAACUCAAGGCGGCGGAGAGGUACCAAAAGUCAUCUUUCCCCCAAGGUAUCCCAGAGUGUGGAGCCGAUGCUCUUCGUAUGGCGCUCGUCGGAUAUACUACCGGAGGUGGAGAUAUCUCGUUCGACGUAUCUGUUAUUCAUGGCUACCGUCGCUUUUGCAACAAGAUCUACCAGGCGACAAAAUAUGUGCUCGGUCGACUUGGAGAGUUCACUCCUCGCGCUACAAUCACGAAGACCGGCAAAGAAUCACUCCCUGAGCGCUGGAUUCUGCACAAGCUUUCCACAGCGUCAAAGCUCAUCAAUGAGCGCCUCGAGCAGCGAGAGUUCUCAACCUCAACGCAAGUGGCGUACCGGUACUUUUACGAGUUCUUGUGCGACACUUACAUUGAAAACUCCAAGGCAAUCUUCGAUUCGAAGGGAAGCGAGGGGGAGAAGGAGAGCGCUAAGCAGACGCUCUACACGGCUAUUGAAGGUGGUCUCCUAAUGAUUCAUCCUUUCAUGCCGUUCUUGACUGAAGAGCUCUGGCAGCGACUUCCAAGGAGGGAAGGCGAUGAGACGCGGUCCAUUACCGUAGCUUCAUAUCCACAGUAUAUUAGGGAAUUCGAUGACGAGGCUGCCGAGGCGGAAUACGAACUACUUGUAGGAUGCUCCAAAGCUCUACGCUCCCUAACCUCCGAAUACGCGAUCAAGGAAUCAGCUACCACAUUCAUCCAACCCCUCAACGACUCCACCCACGUUGCGCUCACUUCCGCAACCUCCCUCCCCUCCAUCCGCGCCCUAGCCGGCAAAACUAUCUCAAACAUCUCCAUCCUCUCGCCCUCGGAUCCCGCCCCUACCGGUUGCGCUGUGUACACUGUCGGUGCUUCUGCAACUGCCUUCUUAGACAUCAAGGGGCGUGUGGAUAUCGAUAAAGAGAUUGCGAAAGCAAAAGAGAGGUUGAAGAAGGCGGGUGAAAUGGUGGAGAAGCAGAAGAAGAUUCUUGCGGGAGAGGACUUUGAGGAGAAGGUCAGUGCGGCUGUUAAGGAAACUGAGAGAGAGAAGUUGAAGGCUGCGGAGGUGGACGCUGGGAAUUGGGAGAUGAGCAUUCAGCAGUUUGAAAAAUUGAAGAUUACGUAAGCGGGAGGAUUGAGCACUAGUUAUGCAUCUCGUUAGUAUGAUGUGCGCAGAUUAGAGUGGUGUUUUGUUCUCGUCUGGUAGCUGGGCGCAUUUGGACAACGGAUUGGUGCAGGUGUCUUGGUUUUGGUCAUAGGUUAAGUGU